GUCACGUGUCGCAUCAGGUGGCUGUCUACGUUGCAGGAAGGGACAUUAGCCCAGUGGCUGCUCGGGUAAGCUGCUAGGCCGAGGUACAGGGCUAGUUUGGGGCCGGUGGAGGCCGCAAGGCCGCUCCAGGAAGAUGUUACCAAGUACUUCAGUGAAUUCCCCAUUUCUGGGAAAUGGAGCAUUGAAUUCCAGGGAUGCAGCAAGACACACAGCAGGAGCAAAGCGCUACAAAUACUUGAGAAGGCUUUUUCGUUUUCGGCAAAUGGAUUUUGAGUUUGCUGCAUGGCAGAUGUUCUACCUGUUCACAUCCCCACAGAAGGUUUAUAGAAACUUUCAUUAUCGAAAGCAGACAAAGGAUCAGUGGGCCAGAGAUGAUCCAGCUUUCUUGGUCCUAUUAAGUGUCUGGCUGUGUGUGUCCACUGCAGGAUUUGGCAUUGUGUUGGACAUGGGACUUUUUAAGAUGAUAAAACUUCUCCUUUGGGUCGUAUUGAUAGAUUGUGUGGGUGUUGGCCUUCUCAUCUCAACUCUGAUGUGGUUUAUCUCCAACAAGUAUUUAGUGAAACGACAGAGCAGAGACUGUGAUGUGGAGUGGGGCUAUGCCUUUGAUGUGCAUUUGAAUGCUUUUUAUCCUCUCCUACUCAUUCUGCAUUUUAUCCAACUUUUUUUCAUUAACCAUGUCAUCCUAACAGACACUUUUAUUGGAUAUUUGGUUGGAAAUACCUUAUGGUUGAUUGCAGUUGGCUAUUACAUCUAUGUAACCUUCCUGGGAUACAGUGCAUUGCCAUUUUUGAAAAAUACGGUAAUUCUUCUCUAUCCAUUUGCACCUCUCAUUCUGAUCUACGGGCUGUCACUAGCGCUAGGAUGGAACUUCACCCAGUCGAUGUGUUCCUUCUACAAGUACAGAGUAAAAUGAAAAAAGUGAGACUGUUACAUCUUAACUGUGUCAACAGUGUUGGUGAAGUGAUUUCUUGUGAAACUUGUAAGUAAACUCAUUGUAGAUAUCUUAAAGGUGUAAAGUUUGUGAAUUUGAGGAAAUAUAUGUUAACAUUAUUGUCAAUACAUUCCUUAAAACUAAUUAAUGUACAUUUCUGUAAUAAAUUUUUUAAACUAAAGCAUGUAUUUUAUUCUAAUAUUUGUACACACAAAAAUGAUAUACAAAAAAUACUGAAGGCAUGAGGAAAUUAGAAAGGUAAAGCUUUUUAAUGUGAAUUCUUUUUGAGUUUUUUAAUCUUUUUUUAAAAUUGUUCGAAUACAGUUGUCUCCAUAUUCCCACCACCACUUUCCCCUGCCCUGCGCACCCUGCCCUCCCACCCUCAAUCCUACCCCUCUUUGACUUUGUUCAUGGAUCCUUUAUACAUGUUCCUGAAAGGGCUUUUUGGAGAAUGUGGUAAUAAUAUGCGUCCUCUUCCCCCACUGUUGCAAGUUACAUUUUGCAACAUUGCUGCCUCCAUUUUGUAAUGGGUUAUUUUUAAACAUUUAUGUAGGGUAUGUUACCUUAGUCUAACCUUCAGGCUCUAAAUAUUAAUAGUCUUUUCUCUGCAAAACAAAACAAAAACACAAUACUUAGAGUGAACAAGCCCAUCUGGCUACACUUAAUUUGGAAGUUGUAUAGUGCACAUAAUAUAUGAGUGAAUAUCUUAUCACAUUGAUAACCACUGUCUUAACAUCAUUUUAAAGACUUUUAAACUGACUUUUAAAGUGAUGUUAUGUCUUAACAUCAUAUCUUAACAUCUUUUAAAGACUUUUCUUUAAAAGAUUUUCUAAAACCAACAUAAUAGUUCAAGUAAACUAUUCUUUUAUCAAUGUUAAACAAAACCAAUAAAAACAAAAAACUUGCUGCCCAUUAAGUCUUACCUAUUUUUAUUAGGAGUCUUGAAUUCAGCAUGGCUUUUUAAACUUCUUUAUUUCAAUACACAUGAAUGGUUGUGGCACAAACAGUGAUGGAAAGGCACAGUCAACAGGACCAGUUAUUAAGUUAUAGCAGCAUAUUUGAAAAUAAAUAAUCUUCCUUUAAAAGUCUAACAGGUACCUAAGAUAUUACUACAGAUAUUACCCCUUCAACCAGUGAAGACAUUGUAAAGAAAUAUGUACAAUACAUUAAAGACAAAAAAAAAUGUACAACCUGGAAAAGCAGUUCCUCAGGCAGCUUCUCCAAGGAUUACUUCCAGAAAUAUCCCCAAAUGCAAAGACCAUCUUUCCCAACAGUGUUCUCAAUGAGAAACACUUAGUUUUUCAUUCUAUGAGUGAAACGUGAUUGUUUAAUCAGCUGAAUUCUGAAUCUUUCCUAGAAAACAUUACUGUCUAAGUAUCAAAUCUGCUGGCAGUACAUAUUACAGUUCUGGCGAUAUCAGCCAUUUUUAAGGCUCAGAAAAAUGUAUUCAAGGGGUAUUUUCAUCCAAUUUCAACAGCAUUAGAAUGCUCAUCUCAGUAGGAUACUGAACUUUUGAUUCCAUGGCAGUUUGCCAUAGGAGCAGUGUCUGAGAGAACACCCCACAAAAAACUCCUUAUUUUACUACACGACUCUUAACAUUUUCAUUGCAACAUUAACAACACUGGGAACAGCACAAAGAACAAUCCAUUCAACAUUUAGUUUCUUGGACAUUGUCUUUCAAAUUCUCAAACUGAGUGCCAGCUUAUUCUUGUCUGUUCCUUUGAAAGUGAUCUAGUUAGCAUCCACACUGGUGAGGGCAGCGUUUCGGGUGAGAAGACUUUAUACACAGACAUUGAUAUACAUAUAUAUUUAACAAAUCCUUUUAUUAAAAAAACACUGUGGUAAUAGUCUUGUUAGUGUUAUAUGUCCACAUACAUUAAAGAAAAUAAGGAUAGUAGUUACGGCAUACAUCUGUUAAGAUUAAUUAAAAUUUACAACAAACUAAACGUUCCACACAUAGCUUGGAAAAGUUGUCUUUUUUAUAAAAUAGAUGGAAUACGUUAAGAGUUCCUUUAACACUAAGAUACAAUUUUGACUCCACUUUAUUUCUUUUUAAGAUUUUCUUUAUUUUUAGAAAGAGGGGAAAGGAGGAAGAAAGGGAAACAUCAGUUGAUUGCCUCUCACACCCCCCUACUGGGGACCUGGCCUGCAAUCCACGCAUGUACCCUGACUGGGAGUCUAACCAGCAACUUUUCAGUUUGCAGGCCUGUGCUCCAUCCAGAGCCACACCAGCCAGGGCGACCCCAAUUUCUGACCUGACAGUGUUAGCCUCUCAUUCUUUCCUUUAGCCCUACUUACAUCAACAGUAUGUAUGGCAUUAACAUAAAAAUUAAUGGAAAAAACAAAAUAAAAACACUUGCAGUUAAUGGCUUGGAAGCAGAGAUAUUUUGGAAAACAUUCACAUAGUACAAAAACUUGGCUGGGACAUACAGGAUAUGCUCUGUGCUUAGACAAGGUUUUGGUUUAAAACAGUACUUCAAUACAAAGUAGAUUAUAUGAUCUCUACAUAAAGGCAGAAGGGCUUUUUCCUUUUAAAUAUCUUAUUUAAAAAUACCACUGUUCAUCAUUCUUAAUACUCUGACAGACUCAGAGCAGACUAAAUCAAUAUAAAGUAGUACUUCCAGGAGAAAGGUUCCUUAUACAUUACUUGGAUUCUACUCCUACAGUCUCAUUCUGACAGUCCUUUAGAAAUAUUACUAAGAUCCUGCAAGUUUCUGUCAACAAACUUCCAAUGAAGACAGAUCUCUGACACAGAAAUUCCUGCUGAGGCCCAGAUAUAGGAUAUGCUAGUAAGACUUUACUCAUGCAUUUAUUGAGAAAUAAUCACCCAUACUAGAGGGAAUCUUCACCUUUUAAAUACUGUAUUCAUUUUUCAUUGCUACAUAGCACAUCACAAAUUUAGAUACCCAUUUCAUAUCUCACGCAGUAGGCAUGUAAGUCUAGGCAGGCUUGACAGUUUUCUGCUCAGGGUCUCAGGCUGGAAUCAAGUGUUGGCAGCCAGGGCUCUUAUCUGCUGGAGGUGAAUCCACUUGCUGGCACAUCCAGGUUGUUGGCUGGAUUAGGUUCCUGUGGCUAUGAAGGUCCUUUCCUCACAGCUGUCAGCUGAGGUCUUCCUCAGCUCCCUAAGGCCAUGUGCGUUUCUUAUAUGGCCUCUAUCUUAACACCAGCCAAUGAUGCCUCCUCUUGCUUUGCAUUUCUAACUUCUGCAACCAGACUGAGAAAACUCUGUUUAAAGGGCUCACAUCAUAAGAUCUGCUGUUCCCAGAUAACCUUUUGCUGUGUAACAUAAUUAUGGAUCAUAUUCCCAGGUUCUACCCACACUCAAAGGGGGAGGAUAUCAUACAAGGUCACCAGGGGUCUUUCACAAACUUCCGGCUACUACAAAUACACACUGUUAUUACAGCAAUCUCUCCAAACAUGCUGUUCCAUAAAACCAAACUUGUCUUUGCGGACAAAACCAUUAUUGGGAAACAACUUUUUUCCAUUACUAUGACAGAUUUAAAAGAAUACUUAAUGUUGCUGAAACUUUUUUAAAUAAUAAAAUGACACCUAAUUAUUUAGUGAUGGAAUCAUUGACUUGAAAAAGAAUACCUUUGUUCAAAGACAUUUCCAAUGGUUAAAUUUAUAUACUUGUCUAUAACAGAAAUUCAUCUGUGUGCUCAAUAACCCAUUGCAUUCACUUUUUCCAAAGUUUCAAUCUACUUCACACCAUUGCUCUUUUGUUGACAUAGAGGGCACGCUAUAAAGAACACUGAGACUUAGGACAAAACACAGAAGUCUUGGCUGCUCUUAGAAUCCUAGAAAUAGGGCCUCAACCUCUUCUCACCCCAAAUGCUCAUCCAUCACUUGCAUUAUGAUAUAUUCUGCAUGUCUACUUUUAACCUAAUGAUCAAAAUUCAUUAUUCUGGUUUCUAAAAUGUUUACAUUAGCAAGCUCAAUACCGUGCUGGCAAACAAAAUUUUCUGCAAUGAAGGAAAUGUUCUGUACCUGUGCUGUCCAAUCCAGUAGCUAGUGAGCACCUAACUGUAGCUAGUGUAAGGGAGGAGCUGAAUGUCUUAUUAGAGAGCCACCAUGUAUCCAGUAGCUACUAUUGAGGACAGCAUAGCUUGUCUAGAGUUUGAAUAGUUUAUGUGAAGUAAACACCACAUGCCAAGCCAUGCCUCAUUUAUAUAAGUAGUUUCACCAUUUGAUUUUCCCCACUCUCUAUUUUGGUAAAAGUGAUUCAGUGUCCUCUCAAAGUCAAGAUGUUACUUUUAGUUUCAGGAUUCCUCACUGCUGAUCUGUCCACACUCCUCACUCAUUAACAUGACUCUUAUGGACUACCACUAAUUUUCUUGCUUGAGGAAAGCAUGGCUGCUUCUAAUUAGUGUAGAGUUCAGGGAAAGAAGAGAGUAAUUAAAAAUGAGACUGAGAACCUGCUGUCCACAGAGGACAGGGAAGAAGUAUGAGUCGGAGUCUUGCCCUCAGGAGUUAGAAGUUGGUAAGAAGACAUGCACAUGUGUACACACUCCCCGUAAUCAAAAACUGGAGAGGUAAGUGGGCAUGUAAGUGUAUGGCAAGGAUGGUAGGUAAAGCAAGCUAAGGAAGAGGACUGGGCUGGAACAGCUGGCCCCUUAUCCAGACACUGGGCACCUGCCAUGUGCAGGCACUCCCGUGGGCACUGGUAACAGAUUCACGGGGAGGGGAGUCCUUGAAGAUAGACAAGAUUUGGCUAAAAAUAUUCUCAGAAACAGGGAUGAUCAGGAAAAGACUCAGUCUAAAGCCUGAGAUGUCCCAAUGAAUGGCAGGGGGCCACAACAACUGUGACCCCUCUAGAUUUUCUGAGCAUGGCAUUUCUCCUGUAAUCAGAGUUGGCUGCUUAGGAAGCAGGGAAAAGAAGGGACUUCUGAAUCUACCUCCAGAUUUUACCUCUGAAUACUUAGCAGCAAUUUAGUAUGUUAAGCUAGUGACAUAAUUUUAUAACGAAAAGUUAUUUUCAAGUAAAAUCUGCCGGUAGGCACUGAGCCAGGAAAAUUUCAGAAGAAAACCAAUGGUAAAAUUUUAAUGAAAAACAGGCCUGCAAACCAAAGUGUCGCGGUUCAAUUCCCAGUCAGGGCACAUGCCUAGGUUGCAGGCCAGUUCCCAGCAGGGGAUGCAUGAGAAGCAACCAUCCAUUGAUAUUUCUCUCCCUCUCUCCUUCCCAUCCCUUCUAAAGACAAAUAAAUAAAAAUCUAAAAUAAAUAAAAUAAAUUUUAAUGAAAAAAUAAAUGUAAAAUUCCCAAUAAAAAUUUUAAGUGGAGUUUGACAUAAAAAUCAUUAUUGGCAACAUGUGACUUUCUAUUUAAAAAAACUAACUAAAAAUUAUUCUAAUAUGGAGUAAUGAUAACUACCCUAUCAGUGCUUCCCUGCCUGUCACUUCAUAACAGUGCUGUUUGGUCAGCACACGUAAGCACGUGAGCUCCUCCAGGCACACAGCUGCCAGCUGGAAUCCCCAGCCACCUAAGGCCUUAGCCAAUGACAACUGAAAGCUCCAGAUCAAUUUCCACCACUGUUAUUCGUCACCCACCUGCGACCCACCUGAGGCAUGCCAGACUGGUUGGGAACUGACACUGAUAAUUCAUAAUUUUUUUUGAAGUAAAAUACUUUUGUAAAGAUCACUGAUUGCUAAGACUGAUAAUAGUUUUGUUAUAGCUAAGCAAUUUAUUUGAAUGUUUCAGAGUAAUACUUUUUUUGAAUAUGAAUUUAUAAGUUCUAAUGCAAUAAAGUAAGUCGUUUUGAGAAAACACAACUGCUAUAUUAUCUUUCACCAAAAACCAAUAUUACGGUUUGGUUUUUCUUUAAAAUUAAACCAGUUAUGACACACAAUAGCAUUAUCUAGAAAACAUUUCGUCAAGACUCAUGGAAUAUAGACAAAGAUUAAAAGAGAGGGUUUGUCAUAUGUCAGAAGAAAUGUAAUGAGUUGUCUGUAAUAAUUUGGGUUGAAAGCAUCACCCCUGCACAUUAAAAUUCACCAGACUGCCCUGGCUGGUGUAGCUCAACGGAAUGAACAGGCUGCAAACCAAAGGGUCGUCAGUUCGAUUCCCAGUCAGGGCAUAUGCCUGGGUUGUGGGCCAGGUCCCUCAUAUGGGGUGCACAGGAGGCAACCACACAUUGAUGUUUCUUCCCUCUUUCUCCUCCUCUUCCCCUCUCUCUAAACAUGAAUUAAUAAAAUCUUUAAAAGUAAUAAUAAAAUAUCAGACUGAUUUUUCUGUUACUAUACACCAUACACAGUAUAGUAAAAUAACCUCAGAAAGGACAUUGGUUUUUUUAAAUCUUGGCUUUAAAGAAUGAGAAAUGCCUUUGAAAAUAUUUUGUUUGAAACCAGUGAUAUAGAAGUCCUCCCUUAUCCAAGGGAGGUACGCUCCAAGACCCCAAGUAGAUGCCUGAAACCAUGGCUAGUACAAAACCCUAUAUAUUCGAUGUUUUUUCCAUAUAUAAACAUACAUACCUAUGGUAAGAUUUAUAAAGUAGGCACGGUAAGAGACCAACGACUAAUAACAGAUAUAACAACGUACUGUAAAAAGUUACGUGAAUGUGGUCUCCUGUGAGAUCCACAAGGGCCUGUGUGAUGCAUGAAACGAGACGCACACACUAGACAAAGGGCGAUUCAGACCCAGGCGGGACGGACGGGAC